AAAUAUUUUUUUUAAAAAAAGAAUACAGAUUAGUGACACAUAGAAUACGGCGUAACAAAAUACGGAAGUAGCCCGUUACUGAGCCCACACCUACUAACACGUGUAUAAUGACGUGGAAUGUUAGCUUGGCGCCUCCAUAAUCUCCCUCUCUCUCUCCCCUCAACUUCCCCAUUUUUUCUUCUUCAGCUUUUCUCCUCUCUCUCUCUACUCUCCCUUUAUAUUUUCUCUCUCCUCCAAACUCAUCGUUUUAAUCCAUUUCACAAUGCUGUCAAUUUAGCCAAUCUUCAAGCGCUCAACAAAACAAUCUCCUUCUUCAUCACCAUUUUAGAUUUUUUAUUUCUAUUCCAAGAUAAUCAGCUGCUGUGCCAAAUAUUAGGCUUGAAAUUUGACUUUCGUGAGUGAUCAUGGGAAGCAGUGAUGAUGGGAAGUCUUCCAAGCCAGAAAAAUCAUCUCCACCUGCAACUGAACAGAAUAGUGUUCAUAUGUAUCCUGAUUGGGCAGCCAUGCAGGCAUAUUAUGGCCACAGAGUUGCUUUGCCACCAUAUUUCAACUCAGCUGUUGCACCUGGACACCCACCUCCCCCAUAUAUGUGGGGACCUCCACAGCCUAUGGUACCACCAUAUGGAGCACCUUAUGCUGCAAUUUAUGCACCAGGAGGAGUCUAUGCGCACCCAGCUGCAAUCCCUCUUGGUUCUCAGGCACAUGGUCAAGGAGUUGUGACCCCUGCUGUGGGUGAACCAUUGGUUGCUACUCCUUUGAGCAUGGAUACUCCUGCUAAAUCCUCUGAAAAUGGUGACAAAAGUUUAAUAAAAAAAUUUAAGGGGUUUGACGGUCUUGCAAUGUCAAUUGGGAAUGCCAAUGCCGAGAAGACGGAGGCUGAUGUUGAGAAUAAACUUUCACAAAGUGCUGAGACUGAGGGUUCCAGUAAUGGAAGUGAUGGAAACACGGAAGAAGAUGAUCAAAAAAAUAAAAAGAAGCGAAGCCGUGAAGGAACCCCGACUAGUGUUGAAGUUGAAAAAACCGAGACCAAGGCUGUUCUUCCUCCUGCUGAUAAGGUGCUGGGAGUUCCUGUCACUCCUGCAAGCGCAGCAGCAGGACAAUUAGUGGGAACUGUUAUUUCACCUGCUGUGGCCACCACAUUGGAGCUGAGGAAUCCCGGGGUCAGUGUGAAAGGGAGUUCACCUACUGUUUCUCCUCGUAAUGGAGUUGUGUCUUCUGAAGCUUGGUUACAGCCCUUACAGGCACAACAACCCAUUCAGAACGAGAGGGAGUUGAAGCGGGAGAGGAGAAAACAAUCCAAUCGAGAAUCUGCGAGAAGAUCAAGGUUGAGGAAACAGGCUGAGACUGAGGAACUUGCCAGAAGAGUUGAAUCCCUCAACGCUGAAAACUUGGCUCUUAAGUCAGAAAUCAAUCAGCUGGUGGAGAACUCCCAGAAACUCCGUCUUGAAAAUGCUGCAUUAAUGGGUAAAUUAAAAAAUUUGCAGUCUGCACAAGGAGAAGAGAAUGACUUGGCUACUAUUGAUGCCAAACGUAACCCAUCGGACAGCACCGAAAAUUUAUUAUCAAGGGUCAAUAAUUCAGCCUCUGGCUCUGUUGGUAGAAGCUCAGAUGAAGGUGCUGACAUGUUUGGGAAAAGCGCUAAGUCGGGUGCCAAGUUCCAUCAACUACUGGAUAACCGAAGGGCUGACGCUGUGGCAGCUGGCUGAGCUGCAGACAGAUCAAGAAACCUGUUAGUCGUAAAGAUACAGGAUGAUCAUGUAAUUUUGGCAUCUAAUUGAAAGCCCAAAAUUACUGCUAACUAUGUCAUAAGUUGGAGUUAGGCAGAUAGAUAUAAUUUUCAAAACAAAAUCUGUAAUUGUUAGCUGAAGGUUUUCUCAAUGGCAGAACUGAUGUGUUUUUAUUUAGAAUUCAGGGUGCCGAGAUUUGACCAUUAAAGAAAUUGUAUAUUGAAGAGUUUUAGAGAUUUAGAAGAGGGUUCCAGUUGGGUCGGAUAUUUGGCUGGACGCUUAUACACACCUAUAGACCUGUGUUUGUUUAUGUAUAAGUUGAAAUGUUGAAUUACUUGAGUGGUGUAUCAACAUUUUAUCUCUGGUUUAAUUACAUAUUUUUCUUUUU